UCUCUUCUUGUUCUUGCUAGUUGCUACGCCUGUGUGAUUAGGGGAGAGCUAGCAAUGAGGGCGCUCGGAAGGGUUGCUUGGGCGUGGCUGCUGCUCCUGCAGCUCGCCGGCGCGUCCCAUGUCGUCUACGAGAACCUCCUCGAGGUGGAGGAGGCGGCGGCGGCGGCCGUGCCGCCCUCCAUUAUCGACCCCCUGCUGAGGACCGGGUACCACUUCCAGCCCCGCAAGAACUGGAUCAAUGAUCCCAACGCUCCACUGUACUACAAGGGGUGGUACCAUCUCUUCUAUCAGUACAACCCCAAGGGCGCCGUGUGGGGCAACAUCGUGUGGGCGCACUCGGUGUCGCGUGACCUCAUCAACUGGAUGGCACUGAAGCCGGCGAUCGAGCCCAGCAUCGCGUCCGACAAGUACGGCUGCUGGUCGGGCUCGGCGACCAUGCUCCCCGACGGCACGCCGACGAUCAUGUACACGGGCGUCAACCGCCCCGACGUCAACUACCAGGUCCAGAACGUGGCCUACCCGCGGAACAAGUCGGACCCGCUGCUCCGGGAGUGGGACAAGCCCUCGCACAACCCCAUCAUCGUGCCCAAGGCCGGCAUCAACGCGACGCAGUUCCGCGACCCCACCACCGCGUGGCGCGCCGGCGGCCACUGGCGGCUGCUCAUCGGCAGCGUGACGGGCCCCGCCCACGGCGUGGCGUACGUGUACCGGAGCCGCGACUUCAAGCGGUGGACGCGGGUGGAGCGGCCGCUGCACUCGGCGGCGACGGGGAUGUGGGAGUGCCCGGACUUUUACCCCGUCGAGGCCGCCGGCCGCCGCGAGGGGCUGGACACGUCGGUGUCCGGCCGGCGGGCGAGGAAGUACGUGCUGAAGAACAGCCUCGACCUGCGGCGGUACGACUACUACACCGUCGGCACGUACGACCGGAGGGCCGAGCGGUACGUGCCCGACGACCCCGCCGGCGACGAGCGCCACCUGCGGUACGACUACGGCAACUUCUACGCGUCCAAGACGUUCUACGACCCGGCGAAGCGGCGCCGGAUCCUCUGGGGCUGGGCCAACGAGUCCGACACCUCCGCCGACGACGUCGCCAAGGGCUGGGCUGGGAUUCAGGCGAUUCCAAGGACGGUGUGGCUGGACCCCAGCGGGAAGCAGCUGCUGCAGUGGCCGAUCGAGGAGGUCGAGGCGCUCAGAGGCAAGUCGGUCACUGUCAAGGACAGGGUGAUCAAGCCAGGACAGCACGUCGAGGUCACCGGGCUACAAACUGCACAGGCUGACGUGGAGGUGACCUUCGAGGUGUCGAGCCUGGCGGGCGCCGAGUCGCUGGACCCAGAGCUUGCCGGCGACGCGCAGCGGCUGUGCGGUGCCAGGGGUGCCGCCGUGGAGGGUGGCGUCGGGCCGUUCGGGCUGUGGGUGCUCGCCUCCGCCGACCGGCAGGAGAGGACCGCCGUGUUCUUCAGGUUGUUCAGGCCCGCGCGCGGCGGCGACAAGCCCGUCGUGCUCAUGUGCACCGACCCCACUAAGUCGUCUCUGAACCCAAACCUGUACCAGCCGACGUUUGCAGGUUUUGUUGAUACAGACAUUUCAGAUGGGAAGAUCUCUCUGAGAAGCCUGAUCGACCGGUCGGUUGUGGAGAGCUUUGGAGCCGGGGGCAAGACCUGCAUCCUCUCGCGGGUCUACCCGUCGCUCGCCACCGGCAAGAACGCUCGCCUCUACGUGUUCAACGGCGGGAAGGCGGACGUCAAGGUGUCCCGUCUGACGGCGUGGGAGAUGAAGAAGCCACUCAUGAAUGGCGCCUGAAGUAUUACAAGCAUGCGAGCUCCCAUGGUGUCUCGUCCACAUUUGGCGUGUCUUUCCUUUUCAUUUCAGGUGUUUCCACGUUUCCAUUGAUUGUUAGGGAUAAUGGACCGUGCUCCUUAAUUUGUACAAUGGCUUGUGCUGUGCUUUAAUCUAUGAGUACGAUUUCACUCACAGAAAAAUGAGUAUGAUUGUGUAUGAAGGUGCCAAUUCAUAUGCCACUAGCUACGAAUAAGAAACAUUUAUACAUGUUCUGGGUGCGCAUUGACGAUAAACCGGUGCUAGUUUAAUUUGUAA